AUGCCGGCGACCAUGCCGGCUCAUGUCCCGCGUCGACGCCACCGUCUGCGACAAAGCACCGGUGAAAACCGCGGGAGCGACCAGGAGAAGCACCUUUCCAACGAACGCGGCAGAAGCGGCAACACGCACCGCCGGUCCGCCAACGACAGCCGUGACUUGUCCAGCUCUGGAUCGGAGGCAGACAUCGGGAACCCCCAUAACGACGGCGUGACUCCGGCCCGCUCCCACCGUUCCGCCAGAAGCAUGGUGGACAUGACGCCCGCGAGACCCCGCUCAUUUCUGGGUGGUUCUGUCGCCGGGCGCGCGCCGCCGCUUCCGCGAGGCUCGGCAAGAGAUGGGUACUCUGACACGAUCGGGUUUAUCGUAGGUGAUGGGUUGAAACCGGCCACGGCAGCAGUGGAUAAGGGGUCGUCACGGCCGUUCAUGAGCUCAGACGCGCCGCUCUCUUCGCCGAAAAAAACGAAGGUCAACGAGGGUCCGGCACCAGGGCUGGACAAAAAGGCGACCGCUGCUCCUGCUCCUGCCGACCCACCCGCUGUUGCUUCCGCUCCUGUUGUUUCUCCUCUGGAACCGUCUCCUCACCCGUCGCCAUCUCAGGCUAACCCCGACGAGCUUGGCAUCCCUGCCGGACGGGUGGCCAGCCUGGCCGCCAGCACCAACAAGAAGGUGCGGGAGGGGAUGAAGAACACGUUCGGGACGAAGAAGGCAAACGUCCUCUCGGCGACAGUGGAGGAAACGAACGAGAACGAGUGGAAGUUAGACCUCGCGGAGAAUAAAGCCGUAGUCGCCAAGAAUCAGGCCUUGCAGUCACACACCUUGGUGUUGGCACAGGCGGCCGCUCAGACGGCAGCGGCAGUAUGGGCGCAACGGGAAGCCGAGUCGAAAGCGAAGCACGCAGCAGCGGCGCAGGCCACCCGGCAGGAGGCGGAGGCUAGGAUGCUCGAGGCCGAGAAGGCGUUGGACAGGGCCAAGGCUAUGCCCGCUGAGAUGAGAGACCCCAACAGCAAUGUUAGCACCACUACAAGCUGGCGUACGACGGACAAGGACGAGGCCGAUGACGACUACAUGAGGUACUUGAGGGCGGGUAGUGACGGAAGUACGGAGCCAGGAGCCGAUGAGCAUAGAGUGCUGCGUCAGAGGCGGGGGAAUUGCUGGGAGUCCGCCGAGAUGCUGUCUGAGGAAGAGGAGGAAAACGAGAACAACGGGAGGAUGACGCCCCAGACGAGUGCUAACGACAACGCGGCGGCGGUGUCGCGCGGAGAGGGGGAGCAGCGACAGACGUCAGCUAUCCACACGGUGAGUGUGAACACCACAGAGUGA